ACGAUGCUCAAGUCCCGGCUCCGCAUGUUCCUGAACGAGCUGAAGCUGCUGGUGCUGACGGGCGGGGGACGGCCCCGGCCCGAACCUCAGCCCCGGGGGGGCGGGGGAGCGGGCUGCGGCUGGGGGCCCUUUGCUGGCUGCUCGGCCCGGGACAGCGACGGCGACGACGAGGAGUACUACGGGUCGGAGCCUCGGGCCCGGGGCCCGGGGGACAAGGAAACUCGGGCUGGACCCCCUCCGCCGCCCCCUCCGCCUCCACCCCCUGCCCCUGGCGGCCUGGACUCCCUGUCUCUGAGCAGCAGCCUGGACAGCGGGCUCCGAACCCCCCAGUGCCGGAUCUGCUUCCAGGGGCCGGAGCAGGGUGAGCUCUUGAGCCCAUGCCGGUGUGAUGGUUCUGUGCGUUGUACCCACCAGCCUUGCCUCAUCCGAUGGAUCAGUGAGCGGGGAUCCUGGAGCUGUGAACUCUGCUAUUUCAAGUACCAGGUCCUGGCAAUAAGCACCAAGAACCCCCUGCAGUGGCAGGCCAUCUCCCUGACAGUCAUUGAGAAGGUCCAGAUUGCAGCCAUUGUCCUGGGCUCCCUUUUCCUUGUUGCCAGCAUCUCCUGGCUCAUCUGGUCUUCACUCAGUCCAUCGGCCAAGUGGCAGAGGCAGGACCUGCUCUUCCAGAUCUGCUAUGGCAUGUACGGCUUUAUGGAUGUCGUCUGCAUUGGUCUCAUUGUCCACGAGGGCUCUUCUGUCUACCGAAUCUUCAAGCGCUGGCAGGCAGUGAACCAACAGUGGAAGGUCCUGAACUAUGAUAAGACCAAGGACCUUGGAGGGGAUGCAGGAGGGGGGAUGGCAGGGAAGCCAGGCCCCAGGACCUCACGGACAGGUUCCCCACCUGGGGCCACUGGUCGCCCUCCAGCUGCCCAGCGUGUCCGGACGCUCUUGCCCCAGCACUGUGGCUACACUAUUCUGCACCUGCUUGGACAGCUUCGGCCCCCAGAUGCCCGUUCCAGCUCCCGAUCUGGCCGAGAGGUUGUCAUGAGGGUCACCACUGUCUGAGCUAAACUCUCAGGAAAGGAGGACCCUAAAGUCAGUGCACUGGCUGGAAAUGUGGUCCAGCCCCUGCUGAACAUCUUCCCUGCACCAAUGGAGAGUCCACCUAGACAAGGUGUGGCUCCCACAUCUGACAGCCCCCAUACAUCAAGGGAUCUGUGAUGCUGACAUGAUGCUGGAAAUAAUAUCUGGCCCCCACUGAUCACUCAUCUCUCCCUGGGGCAAAGAUUCCACCUGGAUGAAAAUUCCAUCCUCAUCAAUGGCUGUUUAUCCUCUUGGGAAGUGGGGAGAACAUCUCUUCCCCUGGAGAGAAUGGAGAGAAUCAUCUUUACCUCAGCUCACACGGCCUUUGGCCCCCCAACUCCACAGGGAUGAUUUGGUGAAGGGGGGCCAGUGCCAGGAGGAAGGGGCUACCAACUCACCCACCCCUCCUACUCUAUGGCCACAGGGCAUCUGGCAAUAAGACUAGUGUACAUCCACCUCCUGCUCCCUGCAUGAGGGCAGGGGGGGUCUACCCCUGCCCUACCCCCUCUUGUCUGAGGGGAGGGCAUAAAGAGUCAUUUAUAUGCAAAUGGAGGCUUAUUUCUCGUCUGAGGAUGGUGGGAAGAUUUGAGGGCAUUUUUUGGUGUGGGGGUGGGGGGUUCUGACUACACAGGUCACAAGUCCCAAAGCACUUAGUUAACUCUUUUUCUCCCUAUGACCCAUAAUGGUUGAUAACAAGUGGCUCGCAAACACUUGCUGGUGAAUAAUUCACUUUACGUGUAUAAUUGGCAAGGAUCAGAAGAGGUCUGGGGGGGGGGGGAGUCACUGACCCAGAAGCCAGAAGACCUGUGCUCUGUCCUCUGGGCUUCAGUUUCUUCAUCUACUGCACAAGAUUGGUGUGAGGAAAAGGAGAUGUAGGUAAAUUUCCACUGCAAAGACAAUUUCUCAAUGAUCAAUGUUUUCCAAGCCCUGAGCAUUAUUUCUGGUUGUAUUCUGUCCACCAAUUCACUGAACAUCAAAAUCA